AUGGCAGCCACGACGGGCUCAGGAGUAAAAGUCCCUCACAAUUUUCGACUGUUGGAAGAACUGGAAGAAGGCCAGAAAGGAGUAGGAGAUGGCACAGUUAGCUGGGGUCUAGAAGAUGACGAAGACAUGACACUUACAAGAUGGACAGGGAUGAUAAUUGGGCCUCCAAGGGUGGACCCAAGAGCCAUAUCAGUGCUAGCAAAAUGGCAGAAUUCAUAUAGCAUCAAAGUUGUCCUGCAAGAGCUCCGGUGCCUAAUGAUGUCUAAAGAAAACAUGAAACUCCCUCAGCCGCCUGAAGGACAGUAA